AUGGGUUGGAAUGUUGAUUUAUUUACUCGGCUCGUUGGGCAUGGAAAAGCAGAGGAAAUCAUUGAACAGCUUGGAAGGUGGACAGCUGCUUGGUCUGUUGCUGCCGAUCUUAACAUGGCGUCUAUGGUGGCGCAGGUAAAAUGGCAGCCUCCUAAGGAUAGCUGGGUUAAGUUAAAUGUAGAUGGAUAUUCAGUGGAUAAUCCAAGUCUUGCAGGGGCAGGAGGGGUUAUAAGGAAUUCUCAGGGUGGUUUCAUAGGUGGUUUCGCAGUGUCUUUAGGACAUCACUCGAACAACUAUGCAGAAGUAAUGGGUUUAUUGCAUGGUCUUCGGCUCAUUGACAGUUUGGGUUUGACAAAUGUAGAAAUUGAGCUAGAUUCUAUGCUUGUUAUUCACUGGCUGAAGAGGAAAAGAUGUGGCCUUUGGUAUAUGGAAGAUUUUUGGGAAGAAAUUCUAAGACGUUUAGAUAAGCUCAAUAUUUCCUAUUCUCACUCUUUUAGAGAGAUUAAUGUAGCGACAGAUGGGUUAGCAAAGCGUGGUGCCCAAGGGAUUAUUGGGGCUUGCUCAACUCGAAGUCGAAGCUCAACACGAAGCUCAGCCCCACGAAUCGGCGUCGGUCAGACUCCCCCUUCGUCAAAGCUCAACCCGAAGGAAAUCCCCACAAAUAGGCAUCGGACCCCCGCUUCGUCGAAGCUCAUCCCCAAAAUUGGACUUGAAACAAUCAUGUUGUGGGAGUUUUAUGGUACCUAUGGUCUGAUGAUGAUAGUUAACUCUAGAAAAUGGCACAAAUGGCAUCUUAUAAAUAUUGGUCAGAGAUAACCAAUUGAGCGUCACCUUCCAAAAUGAAAUAACGUUUUGUAGGUAAUCUACCAUCUUUCUUGCGAGCAAGGCUGAAGAGGCUUCUGCAAUGACUGCAUUUAUAGAUUGAAUUUUUUAUGUCCAUAUUUCUAGAAUCUUACCUUCUAAGUCACGGCCUACUACUGAAGAUGUUGAAUAUGAGUCUCUCACUACAUUGUUAAAAGAAAUACUCAACUGGUUCUGAGGUGAUGGUUGCCAAUUCAGUAUUGUUUGAGAUUUUAAUUUUUCUUUACAUGCUUGUAAAUAUGCUUGGUAGGAGAUUUCCAACUAUUCAUUUGCCUUCCACAAAGAUAAUACUGAUUGAUUAUGGAUUCUAUCAUUCCGUUUUCUCCAGAUAAAAUCUAACAUUAAUACUACAAAUAUCUAGAAUAGAUAUUUUUCCAAUGAA